GACGGUAGAAAAAAAAAGAACUUCAAAAAUUUACUUCAUGAAGUGUUUAGAUUUUUAUUAUGAUUUAUUAAUUAUAUAAUGUACUUUGUAUAACAGUUGAAAUAUAAUGAUCAGAAGAAAGAUCUUACGAUUUAUUUCACAAAGCAAGUCACUUACCACUACACCAAUGAACUGCAUUCUAAAACGUAGUCUAGUAACAUCGGUCAAAAAUAUAAUAUAUGAGCGCCGAUACCAUUUUCCAAGGAUACGAUACUUACUCAUGACACGCGCCAUUCACACAAGCACUCGACUGCAAGCUGUUGAGAGCGUGAAGGCGCCCACUUUCCCAGAUUCGGUCACCACCGGAGAUGUCAAACUAAUUAAAAAACAGGGAGAUGCCGUAGCCAUGGACGAGGUCGUAUUGGAAAUAGAGACAGACAAGACCGCACUCCCGGUGAUGUCCCCAGGCAACGGCAGGAUCGUCAAGAUGCUGGUUAAGGAUGGGGAAGCGGUCAAGUCGCAACAAGUUCUUUUUGAGGUGAAUAUAACAGGUGCGGCACCAGCGGCGGCCCUCGCAGCAGCUCCAGCAGCAGUCCCGAAGGCUGUGGCCGCCCCAGCUCCUGCCCCUGCCCCCGCGGUUACCGCUGCCAAAGCUGCUCCUACCGCUAAAUCCACACCAGUUGCUGUCAAGACCGCUGCUAAAAAGCCCACUGGACCGACGCUUGCUGCACAAAAAAUCGGUGAUCCAACGAAGACAAUCUCUGGCACGCGCACUGAGCACCCUGUACCUAUGAACAAGAUGCGGAAACGUAUAUCGGAGAGAUUGAAGGAAGCUCAGAACACCACAGCCAUGCUGACCACUUUCAACGAAUGCGAUAUGACAAAACUAAUGGCUUUCCGUAAGGCCAAUUUGGACGUGUUCACGAAGAAAUAUGGAGUAAAGUUGUCGUUUAUGUCUCCGUUCCUGAAAGCGGCUGCCAAUGCGUUGAUGGACCAACCCGUGAUUAAUGCGGUUAUCAUUGGAGAUGAUAUCAUUUAUAGAGAUUAUGUGGACAUAUCAGUAGCAGUAGCGACUCCUAGAGGACUCGUAGUUCCCGUGGUGAGGAACGUUGAAUCUAUGGACUAUCCGCGAAUAGAACUAGCAUUGAAUAUGCUGGCCGAGAAGGCGAGAAGUGGUAAAUUGACACUAGCGGAUAUGCAAGGUGGCACCUUCACAAUCAGCAAUGGCGGAGUGUUCGGCUCACUCCUGUCGAUGCCCAUCAUCAAUCUGCCACAAUCCGCCAUUUUGGGAAUGCACGCCAUAUUCCAAAGACCGGUUGCAAUUCAGGGCAAGGUGGAGAUCAGGCCAAUGAUGUAUCUUGCGCUGUCCUACGACCACAGACUGAUCGACGGCCGUGAAGCGGUAUUCUUCUUGAAGAAAAUCAAAUCAGGCGUAGAGGACCCAACGUCAAUUCUGGCUGGUGUAUAAUUUUAACACACAUAAACAGUGAUAUUUCGAAGAGAGUCGAUCGAAAGAUCGAAUUCACAAUUGUGAUUUUAAAAUAAAAUUUUAUACAAAACUUAUAUUAAGUUUGAUGUAGAAAAAACUAGUGCAAUAAUAGGAUAUUUAGACAAUCACUUCAGUCAGUGUCUUUGAGACGUAGUUACAGUAUUGUAAUUGUUUAUGUCGGUAUACUUACGUUUUAAAUUCGAGGAUGCUCGACUAGUAUCGAACUCUUUAGAAGCUCUCGUUAGCUCAACCAACAUU